CUAGCCCAACUACUCUUUAUUCUAUGAGCUAGCCAAAGGUGGACUGUGAUGUAGGUUAUGGUUUAUGGUCGAAAAUCAUAACAUGUGUCAUAAGUGGUUUGGUAAAUUUGCCAUUAAUGGUUUGUGAUGAGAUCAUCGGUGAGUGUGAUCCUGUCGAGCCCAGUUCCUGACAGCAACAUGUCACACCCAGACUACGAGCAGACGGCUCAUGACCACGCUGCUUUGUUGGUGCUCCUCAAGCUAACUGGUGAACAAAGUAAGCAGAAGAACCUGGGACGCAUACUGGACAGAGUGGCCCGUGUAAACCAGGCAAAAGUGACGGAUUGUGUGGGGGUGGUUCGUGACGUAUCGGCCCGCUACAUCCGUGACUACCCAGUGGAGAACAACGACUGGGGAGACUACCAGACCCACCGGCGUCUGCUGGGGCUCAUCACGAUCGGGAAGUACGAGAACCAGACGGAGCUGAACGAGCUGUGCCGUGUCCACGAGUCGCUGAAGGUGAAGUACUCGUCCACGCUGUACGACUCGCGGUGCGUGCUGCUCGGCCCCGGUGACAGCGAGCCCAGCAGCUUCCCCACCCCUUCCAACUUCAAGGCACGCGCACUGCGCUACCAUGACGGGGAGGCGUGCGCGGGAAUGGAGGCGCAGAUCUCGGAGUUCCUCUCGUCGCUCUUCUGGGUGCUGGAGUCAAAGAGGCUGGAGAGGAGCCGCGAGAAAGUGGAGAAGGUGAGCCUGCUGCUGGCGCCCUUCGAGAAGAAGGAUAUAGUGGGUCUGGACCUGGAGUCCCGUGCGAACCGCAAGCGCUGCGUGGGGCGCAUGACCAAGCAUCUCGGCGACCUGUCGCUGCAGGCGGGCCUCCCGGCCGACGCCCUCGCCUACUACACGUCCGCCGCGGAGGUCCUGAAGGCCGUCGGCGACUGGCUGUGGCUGGGCGGGGCCUGCGAGGGUCUGUGCGCGGCCUCGGUGGUCGUGUUGUACCCCAACUGCGGCCGCAGCUACCCCCUGCAGAGGAACGCCUCGCUGCAGGAGGGCCGUCCGCGGGCCGGCUCUGUGGCCGCCCCUCCCGCCGUCGCCGUCCCUGCCCCCGCCCCCGCCCGGGAGGAGCCGGAGCCGAGCGGUGCGCUGUCGCCAGAUGAGAUCUCCAAGCGCUACAGAGAGGCCAUCAUCCACUACAGCAAGUACAAGAAUGCAGGCAUCGUGGAGAUGGAGGCGAGCUACAAGGCGGCGAGGGUGGCCGUGGACCAGGGCUGGACGCUUCAGGCCGCCUCCUUCCUCCAGAACGUUGUCUUCAUAGACGUCACUCUCACCGAGCUGGAGAAGGUGCAGCGCUUUACCAGCCUGGCAGACCUGUAUGGUCGCAUCGGCUUCCACCGCAAGGCGUCAUUCUGCCUGCGCCUGGCCGCCACCCGCUACGUGUCGGCACAGAACCCACAGCCCGACUGGGGCCAGUGCUACCAGCUCAUGCUGCAGGCGCUCUCCGGCCACAGCAUCUCGCUGGACCCCGCCGAGUUCACUAAAGGGGGGCGGGGCUGGCCCUGCCUGCAGGUGCAGCUGCUGCAGGAGCUGGUGGUGGCGGCACGCCGCUCCGGCCUGCCCGCCCUCGCCACGCGCCACGCCACCUUCCUGCUGCAGUGCCUGUGGGGGCGGCUGGGCUCCGCGGAGCGCCGGGACCUCGCCCUGCAGCUGCGCUCCCUGGCGGCGCAGUGCGAGGGCGCCCCCGUGCCGCUGGUGCUGCGGUCCGGCGCCGUCAUCCCGCCCGUCAACCUCACCGGCCUGCCGCACGUCAGGAGCUUCGUGCCUCAGAACCUGCCGCCGCAGCUUCGACCCAAGAAGAUAGUGGAGGCCCAGGAGGACUGCGGCCCGUUCCUCUUCACGCCGAUACACUUUGGGUCCCUGGAGCGCCGCAACAAGACCAGCAGCAGCAAACUGGACUUCUUGUGGGUGGAGGGAGAUCCAUGCGAGGUCACACUGGAACUGUUCAACCCUCUGCCUUUGGAGCUGAAGGUCUCCAACAUGAUGCUGCUGACGUGCGGAUGUGUGUUUGAGUCUCUGCCAUCGUCGCUCUCCCUGCCCCCGGAGUCGGGCCCACACUCGGUCACGCUCUCCGGCGUGCCCAAGGAGACAGGCGAGCUGCAGUUACAAGGCUACUCGACGCACACGCUCGGGGUGAAGUCUAACUGCCGCCUGCGGAGCAUGCCAGGCUUCUCACACCCACACUACACGGUGGAUGUCAUCCCAGCCUUGCCUCACAUGCAGGUGUCCACGUCAUUACCAAAACAACUGUCUCCCACAGAUACCACAUCUGGCAUUUCUCUGUAUGCUGGAGAGAGCGCGGAGGUGAGCGUGGUGCUGGCCAACGUGGGCGCCGAGCCGGUGGACUGGGUGGACGUCAGCCUGGACAGCCUCCAGCGCCAGGUGUUCCAGUGGAGCCAGGAGAACCUGCAGGCGCAACUGCCGCUGGCGCCGGCCGCCUCCGCCAGCCUCACCCUCUACCUGCGCUCCGUCCACGACUUCGUGCUGCCGGCGGCACCCUCGGAGCACGAUGCAAGCUGCAGCCCAGCUUAUGGUAGUUUGAUGUCUGGCCCGGGCUCCCUCCCGCUGAGUCUGGACCGGAAGACGGAUGCCACUCCAUCCAUCAGGUCGGGUAGCAGCGGCAGAUCUCACAGCAGCCUAGCUUCUUCACAGCUGCCUUUGACGAAGCUGUCUUCGCCCUCUGCCUCCAAGAUGCUGGAGGGCCAGUUGAAGCUGAGCUACUCCGGGGGAGCGGCCCACGAGAGUGGCUACUGCCGUGUCUGCACAACGUCCAUCACCAUAGAGAUGCUGCCUUCGGUGCAGAUCACUGGCUGGGACGUGCUGCCUGCCGAGACGAGCUCGCAGUUCUACCUGGUGCUGGACGUGGCCAACCUGACGUGUGAAGAGCUGGAGCUCCACUACACGCCCACCAAGUUCAUCCUGAUAGAAGCCCUGGAGUCGUGCCGCGUCCCGGUGCCGCUGGACCGCUGCCCCCUCUCCAAGCUGGCCAAGUUGUACCAGUGCGGGGACGCAGGGGCCGGGGAGAGCGACAGGGGGGAGCUGGAUGCCGUGUGCAGCGAGCACAUAGCCUCGCUGGUGGACCUGCGCUGGACCAUGCCCUCCUGCGGCCGGGAGGGGCGCAUCCCGCUGCGCGGCAUGACUCUCACCCCAGCCAUGCUCGACCUCGUCCGCAUGUCGCCGCUGCACUGGGUCGGGGUGCCGGUGUGCUGCAGACGUGAGCGUGGACCAGCAAGCGGUGAGGCCCCAGGAGGAUCUGACGGCAAGCGCGGGCCAGUGCGUGCAGCUGAGCGUGAGGGUGCGCAACUCGCUGGAGCGCACGCUGCUGCAGGUCGCCCUCCAGUUCCACUUCUACCAGGACGGCCAGGGCCACGCCGGCUUCGGCGAGCACCGCCUGGAGACCCGCCUGGCCACCGCCGGGCCUUCCAAGGUCAUCGUGCCCCAGCUGGAAGAGCAAGCCACCACCCAGCACAGUUGUUGCGUGGUGUUCUUCACGCCCGGACAGUACAAGGUCGACAUUCAGUGUUCCUCUCUGCUCAGCGAUGUUCGACACACGUGGAGGUUCAUACCCCCCGUCGCCUUCACUGUCGUCGAGUAGCCGCGUGCGUGAGUCGCCCCUCGCUCUUUGAACGUUUGCAGGCAUCUGCUUGCGAGGUUCAUUGUUUGUACUGUACCUGUACUUUGAUAGUUUUGUCGUUUUUUUCUGUGUACAGGCCCGUGUAUGUGUUAUAUUGAGGAAAAUUCCAAAAAGUUACACCUCACACUGUAUUAUGUGCCAUAGCAGUUGCAUGAUUUGGUUGUUUGAAUUCUGCGUGGGAUGUAAGCUCUACGUAGUUUCUCACUCUACAAAUGUGGCUUAAGAAAUUCUAUUUGCUUUUAAGAGCUCAAGAUCUUUGCUCUUUAUUUUGAAUCACAGACCAUUAAGUUAUGGGGGUUUGUGGCAAUGAACAUAUGUGUAUAUGUAUAUAGAUAACAAAAUUUUCUUCUUGAAGUAUAUUUUGUUGCUCUAACAUAGCAAUCUAUGGGGUCAUGCAUUUUGUGUUAGCAGUAUUCACUGAACGUGCUGAUAGUUUUGUACGAACAGUUUUCAAUAUAUGGAGAACAGGUGCACUUUUAAAAGCUUUGCACUCAGAGAGGUUUAAAUAUGGGUGAAUCAUGGUUUAAAUAGUGUAAAGCUUGUGAAUUGACUAUGAACAUCGUCAUUUACAUUUUUGUGUUGGCUUUCCCAUAAUGUGCAGCAUGACUGCUGAUUUUUCUGAGUUGGCAGAAACUCACAGCUGUAGAAUUUUUGAUGAUUACCAGGGGCUGGAAAAAUGAGCAUCUUGCUAUAAAUGCAUUUUUUUUGUUAAUUUACACUUUAGAGGCUAUUUUUUUUUUUUCUAAUUUCCAACAUAAAUGCAAUUUUAACUAAUUUUUUUAAUAAUAAUUUUUUUAAAAAUUACAGAGUUUAAAAUUAUUUUAAUUAAAGUCUGUCACAUAAGACUUAUCAGCACGUCAGUUCAUACACAAACACAACACAUCCACCACCUUUACCGAAGAUUGUCUCAUCUUGUAGAUGAAAAUUGUGUGGUUGGUUUAUAGGAUGAAAAGAAAACAGGCUACAGAUACACUAGUUUUCAUGACCAUCAUGAUUCGUUAUAUAAUAUUACCAUGUCUCCGUGAUGCAGCCAAGUUACAUGUAUUCAACAUAACUUCAAAAUAAUAAGCACCAUCCAAUAAAUCCAGUUGAUUUGUAAAUUAUUCUACAAAUUAAACAUGCAACUUAAAGUUUGUUUCAUAUUGACUACUAAUUUUUUUUAGUAAAAUAAUCAUUAAAUUUUUUUAAUGGUUUUAAUCCAAAAAUGCAUGAAAAAAAAUAUAUUUUUUUAAAUUAAAAAAUAAAUUAGAGGGUUAUUUGUAGAUAUUUGUAUACAUGGAUAUUUAGUAUACAAAAACUUAUAAAAUAAUAGAUGCUAAUUUCGGAGGAAAAAAGGCUAAUUAUUCCAGCCUCUGAUAAUUAUGGUUGUAUAAAAUUCUUUCUUCUGCCUUCCUACUGUUCACUCAAGUUCCUGGAUCAGUAAGUUUCAGAAGUCAGCUUUCAUGUAUUUUAAUUGAAAUUGGCCACCCAGAUUCUGUUUAACGAACCAAAAUCAUGAGAGUACAGAUUUUACUCCAAGAAGAUGUUCAACGUAAUUAGUAAUUACUCUGCAGUCUAGGAACUAUCUCCAGGGGUGAGUGAAGGUUUCACUUGGACUGUUUGUGGGACAGUUAUGUACUUGCAGAGUAAUUUUUUGGAAUGCAGCACUUGAUUACUUAACUGCUCUCACUGAGGCUUUCUGCUAUGUUCCAGAUACCUUUCUAAUUGUUAUCACUGUUGUUGAUUCAAUUGAUUUACUUUGUGCAUUCCUUUAUUUACAUAAAAAAAACUUUAAUCCAGGUUAUAAUAUAGUAAGAGUGUAUUCCCCAGAAUAUUGUGUGUGUUAUUUUCAGAGCUACUACUUUGAGAAUUACACUGUCUAUAACUUGUACAUAGGUAGUUAUAGGGUUCUGAAAACUUUUAAUUGACUCUUAUUUUGUUGUAUUUGUUGAAAUGGACUUUUCACUUACAUUUCAGUUUUAUAGGAAAUUGUAAUUUAUAUUGUACAGAAUUAUGUAUUUGUAUCAUAAUGUUAUACAAAUUUUGUUAUAAAUAUGCAAAAGAAUGUA